GCCAUCUUGCCCGCGGAGCACCGGAGGGGCUGAGCUCCGCCGCCGCCUCUGCCUCUCCCCCUCCUUCCCCUCCGGCCGGGCCGCCUUCUCCCGGGGCCGGGGGGCCGGAGCCGGCAGGAGAAAUAUUGCUUUCAAAGAAUGACAACAGCUGCUUCAGCAAGUGGAUUUGCUGUGCAAGAGGUCAUUAUUUACAGCUGCCAGCUUUAUUGAAUUCUUCCUUACAUUUCAUCCUUAUUUUCUUUUAGAAGCGGCAAAACAACUUAGGGUUGAUGUUUUGUGUGCCAUCAACUGAAAUUGGGGCCAUCAUGAAUAUCACCAAGGGUGGGCUGGUGCUGUUCUCAGCUAAUUCCAAUUCCUCGUGCAUGGAACUGUCCAAGAGGAUUGCUGAGCGCCUGGGAGUUGAGAUGGGGAAGGUUCAGGUUUAUCAAGAGGCAAACAGAGAAACACGAGUGCAGAUUCAGGAGUCUGUGAGAGGAAAGGAUGUGUUUAUCAUCCAGACAGUUUCAAAGGAUGUGAAUACCACGAUCAUGGAGCUCCUGAUCAUGGUGUAUGCAUGUAAAACCUCCUGUGCCAAAAGCAUUAUUGGAGUGGUUCCUUACUUCCCCUACAGCAAACAGUGCAAGAUGAGGAAAAGGGGCUCCAUUGUCUCCAAGCUGCUGGCCUCGAUGAUGUGCAAAGCUGGGCUAACUCAUCUUAUUACCAUGGAUCUACAUCAGAAGGAAAUUCAGGGUUUCUUCAAUAUUCCAGUUGAUAACUUGAGAGCAUCUCCAUUUUUACUCCAGUACAUCCAAGAAGAGAUACCAGACUACAGGAAUGCUGUAAUUGUGGCCAAAUCUCCUGCAUCUGCCAAGAGGGCCCAGUCCUUUGCCGAGCGCCUGCGGCUGGGGAUCGCGGUGAUCCACGGGGAAGCCCAGGAUGCCGAGUCUGACAUGGUGGACGGGCGGCACUCCCCUCCCACAGCCAAGUACGUGGCUGCCAUCCACCCCAGCCUGGAGAUCCCCAUGCUGAUUCCCAAGGAAAAGCCACCCAUCACAGUUGUUGGAGAUGUAGGAGGAAGAAUAGCUAUCAUUGUGGAUGACAUCAUAGAUGACGUUGACACCUUCCUGGCUGCAGCUGAGACCCUCAAGGAGAGAGGGGCCUACAAGAUCUUUGUCAUGGCCACCCAUGGCCUGCUGUCCUCUGAUGCUCCCCGGCUGAUCGAGGAGUCUGCCAUCGAUGAGGUGGUUGUUACAAACACGAUUCCACAUGAAAUACAAAAACUCCAGUGCCCUAAAAUCAAGACUGUGGAUAUCAGCAUGAUCCUGUCAGAAGCCAUUCGCAGGAUCCACAACGGGGAGUCCAUGUCCUACCUUUUCAGGAAUAUAGGAGUGGAUGAUUAAAGCUCAUUCCUCUCAAUAAACACCCGGGCCAAACUGGAAGCGAACAGAGAACGAGCUGUGAAGCGUUGUGCUUACCUUAAUAUUUCCAUUGAGCCACUUCUUGUUUUCUCUUGGUUUAAGUAUCAAGGUAGAACAGUUUUUGAGACAAUUUUUUUUUUCCUUUGCAGGGUUUUUUUUUGAAAUUGGGGGGGUGGGGGUUGGUGGGAGUAAACGUUUUACAGAAAAACUGUUCUAGUUGCUUUUAGGUUAGUUGCACUAUACACGAUGGAAAAAUCCCACAAAACACUUGAGGCAAGAAUUUGGCUUCUAAAUUAAGCAUUCCUUUUCCAAAGCUGCUUGCUACAAGUGCUUUAAAUGAUGAUAAAAUGAAGUGACUGUAUAAUAUUUGCAUUUUAAAAGCCAAAAAGGUCGUACUGUUGUAUGCAGUCCAGUGAUUUUGUAGGAGUGCUUUUAUAGAAAAGCAUAUGGAAUAUGCACCUGUAUUUAUUUUCUGCGACAAAGAAUAAAAACUUGUUUUGUGUGAGCUUUCUAAAAAUG